AGAGGCGAGUGGAGGACGUGUAACACGUGCCGGGUGCGGCUACCCGUACGUCUGACUCAUCAACAAGGCGGUGCUCAUUGGCUCUCAUUAUAAAGCACCCUUGUUUGGAGCACAAACCACCCACCCCGUCACGACAAGCUCCUAGGGCUGUUGCUCCACCAACCCCCAUCAUUCCUCCUCAAAAUAUCCGACGUCCACAAUUCAAAUCGCCGUCACCGCUGCUGUUCCAUAUAUAAUCUUACUCUGAACUUCUUUCAACUACCGCAAAGCACUACAACCACUCACGCGAUGUCAGGGGAAACUGGUCUUCCCGGUGGCUGGGAGGUCCGCCGCUCCAAUACAAAGAACCUCCCGUACUACUUCCACCCCGCCACGAAGGAUUCAAGAUGGGAGCCCCCGACGGGCACAGACCCCGAGAAGUUGAAGGCAUACAUGGCAUCACAUCACAGCUCCAGCCGUAUUGCGAAUCCCCCUUUCCAAACUCCUGAGGGCAAAAUUCGGUGCGCGCACUUGUUGGUCAAACACAGGGAUAGUCGCCGCCCGGCCAGCUGGCGGGAGGCGCGCAUUACACGCAGUCCCGAGGAAGCCAUGGAGAUUAUAAAAGACUAUGAAAAGCGGAUCAAAGAGAAGGGUGAAUCUCUUUCUGACCUGGCGACUACCGAGUCGGAUUGCAGCAGUGCUCGCAAAGGAGGAGAUCUGGGCCUCUUUGGGAAGGGAGACAUGCAGAAGGAGUUUGAGGACGCGGCAUUCAGCCUUGAAAAGGGUGAUGUGAGCGGUAUCAUCUCCACGGCUUCUGGCUUGCACCUGAUUCAGAGGUUGGAGUAAGGGAUCGAAGAUCUUCACACGGCGUUAGGUUUCAAUGCAGGCGGCCCAUCCUCGAUUAGAGCUGUUGGUGGGAAAUCUAUGCGCGGGCGAGAAAAAUGCCUCGUAGCUGUCUACUAAGUGAUAAGGUUGCAUUAAAAUGGCCAAGAAGACGAACUGAU